AUCUGGGCCAAUGAGCCAGUCCCAUUCGAAAACACAACAUUCUCGGACUGUUACCCGAGCGAAUUCCUCCAGAGCUAUACGUCGGUGACUUCUGGGACUCUCGGAUCAAGUAUGGUCCCUAUCAUGAGUCCAUUAGUAUGUCCGCAGGACUAUUGUGUUGAGUUUGUCCGGGGUGAGUACAUGGCAUGCUGUCCAUUUGGGUACAAGCUCACUCCACCUGAAGACCCAGUUAUAGACAGUCGUCCAGCCUACGGCGGCACAUGUUACAGCCCCUUCACAGUCGGUGCAACGGAAACAGUGGUGGCGUAUGAUACAGACGGCUCGACGCGCUUACAGCUAUGGGCGGCUAGUACAAGUGGGUCCAAUGCUUAUGCGCACCCCAUUGAUGGUUUCGCCAACAGCAUUCCCCCUGUUGGUUGUAACGCUGCGAUAUCUACG